UUUUCCUCUACUGACACAGGCCUCAUUCUGUUCUGCUCUGGGUUCGACGCUAGGAUAUUUGACCUCAAAAGAUGUUGAUGAAGUUCUCCUUGAUUUUCCUUUUCCUGGCAUGUUUGUUUCUUGUGGGUAUAUGCCUUGAAAAUGACAAGAAAACAACAAAAAGGAAAGAACAGGGGGAGGAAAUUAAAAUCCCCCAACCUGAUAAAAGACUGACUGUGAUUGGAAAAGCAAGAGAGGCCUUAAACUGGACAAGAGGAGCCAAGCCAAGAAAUGACAUGGGCUGCACCAGCAUUGGAGGUAUCUGUCAGCGCAAUACCUACAUCUGUCAGGGCAGAUACCUGAAGGAUAAAUGUCGGGGAGAGAAAUCACGCUGGUGUUGUACACCAGCUACAGCGUGGAGCGCUCUGUGUGCUGGUAGCCAUCAUAACAGAGCGCGAGCGUGUGACAGCUACGGCUGUGGUGGCUUUAACUCCAGGAGGUAUUUCAGAAACAGCUUCUUUCCUGAGAGCAUAUCAUGGAUAACUGUGAUGGGAGGAUCCACAAGGGAAUUGAUAUUGUGUGUGGUGAUUACGGCAUCAUCAAUGCUCCUUUUACUGGAAACUUGGGUGGUCCUGUUGGGAGAGCAGCAGGAGACUCUGUUCAGUAUGAUGGUGUCAAACUCUAUAACAAAGUACACUGUGUGAAAAUCUUCAACAUCCGUCCGUAUGUUUACUUUGGCUCUGUAGUUCAGGGAGAGGCCAUGGGUUACCUGUUACCCCUACAGGAGCAUUUCUCUGGCAUCACCUCACACCUGGAGCUUCAGAUGUGUGAUGGCUCUGAUCCCUCGCCUUUCAUAUGAGCCAUCUUUAUGCAUUUAAAUCUUCAUUUAAAUAACAUGACAAACCGACAAGCAACACAAUAAUAUAUUUUAUGUAAUCCUUUCGUCAAGUAUUUAUUUCAUGACAAUACAGCACCACAAGAUGGCAGUAUACAUAUACAGAACAAUAGUAAAAUAACAAUAAAUGUAUUGCUGUUGUUGUUUUCAGAUUUACU